AAUUAAUAAAAGAAAAAUGGAGAACGGUGACGAUGAAAAUGAAGUGAUUAAUAAUAUUGAUACGAAUAGUCAUAGUGAUAGUGAUAGUAAGAGUACUGUUCCGGUGAUUGAUAUGAGAGAGUUUGGAGACUUAUCAGAUUCAGAAAAAGCUUACGAGAAACUGAGAGAAGCUUGUGAGGAAUGGGGUUGUUUCAGGAUCAUCAACCAUGGAAUCUCUCCAGCUUUGAUGUCGGAGAUGAAGACCGUCGUCCGGUCUCUGCUUGAUCUUCCGGCGGAGAUCAAGCAGAGAAAUACUGACGUCAUCGCCGGAAGUGGGUACAUGGCGCCGUCGCCGGUGAACCCUCUAUACGAAGCCUUAGGCCUCUACGAUUUGGGCUCGCCGGAGGCCCUUCGCUCCUUUUUUGAUCAGUUGGAUGCCUCUCCUUACCAAAGAGAUGUAAUUGAAAAGUAUGCUAAAGGAGUACAUGAGAUGGCCAUGGACAUGGGAAGAAAGUUAGCAAAGAGCCUUGGUGUAAAAAGUGAUCUAUUCAAGGGAUGGACUUGCCAAUUCAGAAUAAACAAGUACAAUUUCAACCCACAAUCAGUGGGAUCUUCUGGGGUACAACUACACACAGAUUCUGGUUUCUUGACUGUUCUUCAAGAAGAUGAAAAUGUUGGAGGACUUGAGGUCAUGAACAAGAAUGGUGAGUUUGUGGCUGUUGAGCCUUGCCCGGGAACUCUACUACUCAAUCUUGGGGAUGUUGCUAGGGCAUGGAGCAAUGGCAGGUUCUGCAAUGUGAAGCACAGAGUACAAUGCAAAGAAGCAGCAGUUAGAGUAUCAAUAGCUUCAUUUCUUUUGGGACCAAAAGAUGAAACGGUGGAAGCCCCUCAGGAGCUGGUGGAUAGUGAACACCCUCGUCUCUAUCUCCCUUUCAGUUAUGAAGAUUACAGGAGUCUCAGACUGUCCAAGAAAUUGCAUGCUGGUGAAGCCCUUCAACUCAUACAAGCACAUAUUGCCUAGUGAAACCGAUGAGUUUUACAUGGCUUAUCUCUUAAUUUGCAAUUUGUCAAGAAUAAGAGCCUCUUUCUCCUUUCUUUAAAUGGGUGUUUAGCAGAACCAACAUGGUUAAUAAUAGUCAAAGAUGUUGAGUCAAUUGAAUGUAUCUAAAACAAUCCUAUCUUUGCAUUUAUAAAAGAAAACAGUUUUUAGGUCCCAAAA